AGAUAGUGUUAGUGAGAUUGUCGAUGAUUAUGCGUCACUUAUCGUCCUCAUGUGACCGUCUAGUGUUUAUAGUCGGAUACUGAUGUGAUCAAGUUAAAUUAAGGAAGAAAAUAAUACUGGAUACAUUGGACGUUUUCUCUUUUAAUAGGGAAUAAGGAUUUGAUAUAGAGAAGGCGAGUGCGCUCCGUGUGUUUGAUGAGCUACCAGAACCCUUCCGCGCCCUAUCCCCAGCAGCCCCCUCAAUAUGGGGCAGCCCCGGGCUACCAACAGCAGGGAUACGCCCCCUACCCACCCGCAGGGGCCUACCAACAGCCUCAACCAACUACUGUGAUCGUGUAUAACCAGGACGACCCGUACCGGCGGGAGAUGGAGCGGCGGGAUCGGGAGCAGGAGAUGGCGGAGGACUGCUGCCUCCUCGCAUGCUGCUGGACCGUUCUCUGCUGUUGCCUCGCAAGCCAGACGUAGCGACCUCGCCGCCCUACCUCGCCAUCUCGUCAUACAAAUCAUCGCCCAACCUCGCCACUCCACUUCGCCGAUCUAGUCAUACAAACAUCUGCCUCACCAUCCAGUCAUAGCUUCACUUCGCCGCUCGAUUUCUGCAUCAUCGUCUAAUCUCGCCAUUUAGUCGUAGGACCAGACUCACUUGUCUCGCCAUCUUGCCGCAAUUACGUCGUAGGACAGGAAUAACUUCGCCGUCUAGUCGUGGGAUAGAAAUCCCUUGUCUCGCCAUCUAGUCGUAGGACCGGAAUCACUUGUCUUCAUCAUCUAGUAGUACGACCAGAAUCACUUGUCUUCGCCAUCUUGUCGUACGACCAGAAUCACUAGUCUCGUCAUCUAGUCGUACGACCAGAAUCACUUGUCUCGUCAUGCAGUCGUAUGACCGGAAUCACUAGACUCGUCAUGCAGUCGUAGGACCGGAAUCACUUGUCUUCGCCAUCUAGUUAAAUUAACAUAGCCACGCCUCUCGAUAUCAAAGACGUACAUCGAUCUGUUUUGCCUAAGGUCGACUACACUCACAUACGAGUAUAUAUCGCCAUGCUUCGACAGUCCGUUGUUUUACUAACACCGAUUUACCGUCUCGUCCGGCUUGCAAGUUCUCCCGCCCGUCUUGCCAACAAGUUUUCGUGGUUAUUUUCACUGACGGCCGAUUAAGGUUGGAUUCAUCGGCCCGUAUUGAAAUACUUAAAUUUGAAUUGAUUUCCAGGCAUCGACAUAAAGCAAAAUUGGGUUCGCUAUUAGAUAUAGUGACCCACUCGGUCUGGCAUUAAAUUAUUACUAAUGAUUAGGUAUCAAGCAUUGUUUGAAAUAUGAAAUGUUGCACUAGUGGAUCAAGCUACCUGCAUAUCUUUAUUACCGUAUUACAUGCGGUGUAAAAUAUGAUGUAUAAAUGAACAUAAUUAUA